AUUCCCAUUCAUGUGUUACUCACCACACAUUCCUCUGACUCUCUUUCCCUACAUAUGAUGUUAUACUCACUCUUCCUUUCUACACAUUUCUACAAACUCUUCUUAGUUAUUAUCUUUUUUUGAGUACACUAAGGUUUUAAGUUAAGAGAGCUUGCAAGCCAUGGCAGCAACAUUGAUGGCAGCCACCACUGCAAGCUCUGGCACUGUGAUUAAACCAAGUCCUUUCCUUGGCCAAACCAAGGGUUCCAACUCCAACACUCUUAGAGAUGUUGUCUCUAUGGGAACUGGGAAAUACACCAUGGGAAAUGAUUUGUGGUAUGGACCAGACAGGGUGAAAUACUUGGGACCCUUUUCAGCUCAGACCCCUUCAUACUUAACUGGAGAAUUCCCAGGUGAUUAUGGAUGGGACACUGCUGGGUUAUCUGCUGACCCUGAAGCAUUUGCCAAGAACAGGGCUCUUGAGGUGAUCCAUGGGCGUUGGGCCAUGCUUGGAGCACUAGGCUGCAUCACCCCAGAAGUACUAGAAAAGUGGGUUCGUGUGGACUUCAAAGAGCCAGUAUGGUUCAAAGCAGGAUCCCAAAUUUUCUCAGAAGGAGGCCUUGACUACUUAGGCAACCCCAACCUCGUCCACGCACAAAGCAUCCUCGCAGUGCUAGGCUUCCAAGUUCUUCUCAUGGGUCUUGUCGAAGGCUUCCGCAUCAACGGCCUUCCCGGAGUCGGAGAAGGCAACAACCUCUACCCUGGUGGCCAGUACUUUGACCCUCUCGGCCUCGCCGACGACCCUGCCACUUUCGCUGAGCUUAAAGUGAAGGAGAUCAAGAAUGGAAGGUUGGCCAUGUUCUCCAUGUUUGGUUUCUUUGUUCAAGCCAUUGUCACUGGGAAAGGACCCUUGGAGAACCUUUUGGAUCACCUUGAUGACCCUGUGGCUAACAAUGCCUGGGUCUAUGCCACUAAGUUUGUGCCUGGGUCUUAAACACUAUGACUUUUCUUUCUUUAAUUCCAUCCCUGUGAUUGUCUUUUGGGUGAACUAAUGAUGUGUAAAUUAUGAUCAUAAUGAUUGUCGGAUUAGUGUACUUCUGAAUUAAACCUGGAAUGUCCCAUGUUAAUCUGUGUUGUUCCAAGGCACAGAUGAGAAAAGUAUAACAAUGUGAAAGCAGUGAAGCGAUUUAGAAUA